CGGUGCUAUAACCAAGUUUGCUGUGACCUCAAUAUUUCAACAAAGAACGAUCUGUUUUCGGUGAAACUUCCAGGAUAUUCUAGUGUCUAUGAGAUCUAUUUACUGACAAAGUUUCACGCCAAAAUUCAUUAGUUCAGUUUUUUCGACAAGCACGGUCCCAAGGUAAAAAAGCCAGUAAAAUUACCAUAACUCCAUAACAACAGGGCAUAGGCCCGAGUUAUUGUGUAGAUGUUCUAGUCUCGAGGCUCUCUACUCGUGGUAAAAGUAUGAGCUCGACCGGCGAUUAUCACCUAGGGAGGUUCCCUCGUAAGUACAUUCUCUCGAUGCGGCUUAGUCAUAACUGUCUUGUUCAGAACUCUUCCCCGAAAUGAAUGCAUAUACUUAGGAUAUACCAAAAGUUCUGAUCGUGGAAAUGUGAGCUAGUUUCUUCUCCCUGUGACCAGACCUUCUGAUGAACUCAUAUAGCACAAGAUAUGCAGCGAGAAGAGCUCUACAAUUUGCACAAGACUACUUUUUCUAGUACUCCCUCUUUUUCUUCCCAAAAGCGACACAAUUCUGAGCGACCAAUCCUUGAUGCUGCAAAAAGUAGCCCUUGAGAAUUAUUGCUUUCUUUUUAAACAAAAAGUACACAGCUAGAAUAAAGUUGUUUUAUACGAAAUGUUGGACUUUUCACGCUGAAUCUUGUGCUUGCAUAUUCAAUUUUUCUUAAGGAAGUGUUUUAGAUGAUAGAAAGGUGAAAUUUGAAAAAAGGACUCUCUCCCAUGUUUUCUAUUGCGAUUGAAUUGCGUCGCAGUUGCGCGUAACUGUAAUCGUACUGUGACGCGUAAUUGCGAAAAACUGCGGCACAACUACGCGUAACUACGAAAUUUCCGGCGCAACUGCGACGCAAUCGCUAAAAAACAGGCAACAUGGCCUCAUUCGUGUAGAAUGUUUUACAGUGUCGAAAGUUAGUCACUCAGAUCUGUGUAGCUUUUUGAAACAAGAGUAGAAUUAGAAAAAAGCGCUCUUGCAUAAAUUGUAGAGCUUUUCACACUACAUCUUAUGAUAUAAGAGUUGAUCAAAAGUUCUCAUCACUGGAGUGAGAGGCUACCUCUCAUUUUCAUGGUUAGAACUUUUGAUAUACCCUAAGUACUUCAUAUACUUUUCCAAAAAUGAAUAUUUCCCAAUGUUUCAGGUACUCUGUUAACGGAUCGUAUUGGUCGCAAUAUGGUGCAUUUGAACUAUGAACAAGAACGUCAUGAAGCCAAUUUUCGGUAUGGGCUCGCUCGACUUCGAGACCACGCCGAAUCUGUGGCGUUGUAUCGUGAAUCUGGCUGUGGAAAAUCCACUCUUCUUCGAAUUCUUGCUGGUAUUUGGCCGUAUGGUCGCGGAGCAAUCACGAUGCCAGGUCACGAUACAGUUGAAUUUGUUCCUCAAAAGCCAUAUUGUCCACUCGGAUCUCUUCGUAAUUGUUUAACUUAUCCAUCCCUGACGCUGUCCUCAUCGACGGACGAUGCAAAUAUCCAGCGCCUCUUGGAUCUUUGCCAGCUCAAAUCAUUGACAAAUCGUCUAAAUGAUAGUGAGGAUUGGUCUCUCGUUUUAUCAUCGAGCGAACAACAGAAGAUGAUUUUCGUUCGAGUUCUUCUUCAUCAACCGAAAUGGAUCUUUUUGGAUAAAGUGACAUCGUCACUAGAUGAGCCAUCUGAAACACAUCUAUAUUCAUCUUUAUUUAAAGAACUCGGUCGUCGUUCGACAAUCAUCAGUGUUGGACAUCGGAAGAAUUUGCGACAAUUCCAUGAUAUUCAACUACAAUGUGUUGAUAAAAAAAUCAUACGAGUUAAUGCACUUCAGAACCCGUGUAAAAAGAAAAGUAGAAUAAACUAACUUUUUCAGCUUUUUCCACUUUCAUUAGUGACUUUUAGUACUUUGUGCAGCAGUUGCAGAAUUCCUAUCCAGCAGAAUUUAGAAUUUUGUAGACUUAUGCAUUUUGUGAAACACGAUCUGAAAGAGAGUGUUGAAGUAUAUAGGUAGAAAGUGAAUUUUGCCCAGCCUCCCCCC